AUGAAGAUUAUUAUGGACUAUGGAAAGAUCAAAGUUCAAAUGAAAAAUUGGAAUAUCAUCGAUGUUAUCCAUGUGGAUUACUGGAGAUGUGAUCAGGAAACAACACUUGUCUGGCAUGGAUAUUUUGCUAGAUUUGAUAGUUCCAGAAAAUUCCAACAACUCGCUGCAUACAAUGUAUUUCAUACUAUCAAAUGGACGUCUUUGAUUUCGUUGGAGUUUGAAACUGAAAAGUAUAAUUCAUAG